AUGGAACGUCUGCCGGACGAGAUCUGGCUCGAGAUCGUCGCCGGUCUCGGGGAUUCGCAUCACGCGCUCGCCGCGUUUGCCCGCGUCUGCCGCAAGGGAUACGACCUGGCGAAGCCGCCGCUGUAUGAGCGACUGCCGCCGCCGGGCGCCGGCUCGCGCAUCUCGCAGUUUCUGGUCCGGACGCUGUGCGAGAAUGAGACUAUUGCGGAUCUCGUCCGCCGCGGCGAGUUUGUAGAAGGUGUGAAUUACGAUUUCGAGGAUUCUGAGGUCCUGCCCGUGGUCCAGGCUAGCGCCAGGCUCCCGGACGACUUUAAGAGCGCCCUCAUCAACGGGGGGUUCGACUUGGGCGAGGGUGUAUAUCCCGAUUGGCACGCUCUCUUCGUGGCGCUGCUCCCCAACCUAGAGGAGCUGGCGAUCGAGAUCCCAUAUGAUGCAGCGGCGCUCAAAAAGGCGUUGGGCGUGAACCGUCUCCCCAGACUCCGGAAACUGAGCGUUUUCCACGCUGACACCGAGGGGGCGGCUGACCUGUGGUACUUGAUGCCCGAGCUGUUCCAGGUCGGCGCUACCACGCUCGAGACCUUUGAGGGGCAUGCCAAUGACUGGUCCCUUGAGCUCAGCGGUGACCCGGCCAAGCCGCCUAACAGCACUGUCGUACACGAGACGCUGAGGUACCUCACCCUGCAACUGUCACUCUUUGACGCGGCCGGUCUCGCGCGCCUGCUUACCUCCUGCCCGCGGCUCGUGUCCCUGCGCCUCCACUGGGGUGACGCCUGCAUUAGCGACUCUUUCGAACUAGAUCUACCGGGGACGGGACAGACGAUUCGCGAGUACGCACCCGCCGAGCUCGAGGUGCUCCUGCUCAAUCCCGUGGACCACGCAAAUUACGACACAGUGACGGAGGGUGUCGGCUCGUUGCGAAGUUUGAAGCGGCUUCGCGAGCUGCACUUAUCCCACGACGUACUGGCUGGCGUGGUCAAUGGGGCCGCGGACGGCCCGGGUAGUCCUCUUCAUAGAGACGCCCUGGUGCGGCUGCUACCAGCUUCCCUCGAGGAGCUGUACCUGGAGAUCCGCCACUCGCCACCGCCACAGCGUGUACUAGCAGCGCAGGUCCGGCAUUUAGUGCGGGAUCCUGAACAGUUUCCGAACCUGUGGCGGGUUGAGCUGGGUGUUCUCGACCCUACGGGAUUUGACAUGCGUGGAUGGACUAACUAUGGAUGGACGGCGACGGUUAUUGAUCUAAAAAAGGAUGGGAAUUGGGAUGCGAAUUGGCUCGAAAUGCGCACAGCUAACCGCAUCCGUCUGGAGAGGAUACGAAACUGA